GUUGGGACUUCCCCCGGGCGAGCGCAUUCGCAGAGACGAGCAAAGAGCUCGCUCGUUCGCCUUCCAGCUAAAACGUCGUACCGUCGUACCUUUCCCCGUGGUGGCCACGCAUCUAUCGAUAUCGAUCAAUCAGUCCAUCUGCAGAUGCAUUUGACUGCAAAAAAGAAAUGAGCAAAGAGAUUCUUGCUGUGAGUAAAUCCCCGCGCACGGAGCAGAGUGCGGCAUUGCUGCUUCCUUCGAAUCGGCUUUCGGUGCUGCGGUCAAGAAGGUUCCGUUGCUUGAGAGACGAUGCGGCCGUCCGUCCAUCGCCUGCCUUCAUCCGUGCAUCGGUCCAUCCAUCCGCUGAGCUCCAAGCGCAGCCCCCGACAGCGAUCACACUGAUCGGCACUCGCAAAGUGAACAGGAAGCGGGCUCAUUUGGAUGGCAGGGCCAAUGGGAAGCGGGUUUCCCGGCGGCACGUGCGACGCAAAACGGCCAAGCUUUUCUGUCGCCUCGGCCUACCGAUGUGGGCGGAGUCGAGCGUCCCAGUCGGGCGCUCAUUGGCGGGAACGGCCACGAAAGAGGCGGCGUUCUGUGGAAUCCUCCGUUUCAGCGUGCUGCGCUUUUCCGGUCAAUGAAAUGCGCUUCCUUCUCCAGGUUGAAAAUGAGCCUGCAAGCGCACAACUUGACGCUUUUCAACACUUCGCGGGAGGAGGAGGAGGCGGCGGAGGAGGACGUCCUCGGCGCCGGGAACAAGGUGACCUACGUGGGCUUCUACCUGCACCGCCCGUCCACGGCGGCCGUCUUCGUCGUGUCCUACCUGCUCAUCUUCCUGGUGUGCCUGGCGGGCAACGGCGUGGUGUGUUUCAUCGUGCUGCGCGGCCGCAACAUGCGCAGCGUCACCAACGUGUUCAUCCUCAACCUCGCCGUGAGCGACCUCCUGGUGGGCAUUUUCUGCAUGCCGACCACACUGCUCGAUAACAUUAUCACAGGGUGGCCCUUUGGAAGCCUGGUGUGCAAACUGAGCGGCACGGUGCAAGGCAUCUCCGUGUCGGCGUCCGUCUUCACCCUGGUGGCGAUCGCCGUGGACAGAUUCCGAUGCAUCGUCUACCCGUUCAAGCAGAAGCUGAGCAUCUCCGCCGCCGCCCUGAUCAUCGUCACGAUCUGGGUCCUGGCCAUAUCCAUCAUGUGUCCGUCGGGCGUGAUGCUCCAGGUGACGCGGGAGCAAAGCGUCCGGGUGCUGCUGGGCUACGACAACAAAACGGCGCCUUUCUACUGGUGCCGGGAGAACUGGCCCAACCGGGAGAUGCGGCGCAUUUACACCACAGUGUUGUUCGCCAACAUCUACCUGGCCCCGCUGUCGCUCAUCGUCGUCAUGUACGCGCGCAUCGGCAUCGCGCUCUUCAAGACCUCCGCGCCCGGGGGCGGCGAGUCGGGCCGCGGCGGCGUCUCCAAGAAGAAGCGGCGGGUGAUCAAGAUGCUGCUGGUGGUGGCCUCGCUCUUCAUCCUGUCCUGGCUGCCCCUGUGGACCCUCAUGAUGCUGAGCGACUACGCCCGGCUCACGCCGCGGCAGCAGCGAAUCGUCAACAUCUACGUGUACCCCUUGGCCCACUGGCUGGCCUUUUUCAACAGCAGCGUCAACCCCAUCAUCUACGGAUUCUUCAACGAGAACUUCCGGCGAGGGUUUCGGGCGGCCUUCAAGUUGGGCCCGUGCGCGGCCGACGGCCGGCGGAGGAAAAGGUACUCGCAGCGGCCGCGGCCCAACUCGGUGCUGCCGGCCGAUAACGCGCGCGCCUCCCCGGAUCCCGUCUCGCUGAACAGCCCGGACCCGAGCGGCUGCGGGCGGACGCGGCGGCUGGCGGAGCAGGACCUGGUCUUGGAGGACUUGGAGAAGGGGUCCUGCAGUAGCGGCGCCGUAACGGCCGUGUCGAUUUGAGCCGCCGCUUCCCCGCCGACGGCUUUUCGCG